AUGAGUCAAUCAGCAGCACUAAAGAAAAAGGGUUCGAAUCCGAACAAAGCUCAAAGCCCAUUGAAGAAUCUGAACUUUGAUAUGCAAUAUCGAUCAAGUACUGAAUUGGCUAACCAGUUAAAGAUUAAGAGAGAACAACUUGCUAACAAACGCAAUGAUAAAGCUAAGAAAGAGCAUGUACCAAUAGCGCAUAACAGAAAGAAUUCUGAGGAUUUAAUUCUACAAACUAAGAAGAGAUUAUUUCAAUCUGGAGAGUCCAUUCAAGAGAAAAGAAUUAAACUUCCUAUGCAAAACUUUAGGUUCCAAAUAUCUUCAAAGCAAGGUGUUACUGAUUCAGUUUAUGUGACUGGGGAAACAUUUGGUAAUUCAGAGGUACAACAUGGUAUUCAAGAUCAAUUAAACUUCAAACAGGUGAAGAGGAAAUCUGUCAUACCGGCCACAAGUCUUGAUCAGUUUCUAGCAGAACAAUGGUUACAGAAAGAACAUGAUAUUAAUGAUCUACCAAACUGCAAGCAGGUAAAGAGGAAGUCGAUCAUAAGCGAUGAAACAAAAACAGAUUACCACACAGUAGCAGAUGAUCUUGUGGAUCAAGAAGAAAUCAAUAGGGAUGAGUGUGCUAUAGAAGAGGAAAUUGGCAUUGAUUGUAGUACGAAAGAAAUAUUGGAGGCGAAAAAAGUCCGAGGAAAAACAACAUGUAAGGAUAUUCACGCAAGAAAUUUGGAAGAAAGAAAGGAGGUUACAUUUGAUAAAGGGCAAGCAGUGGGACCAACUGGUAAGAUAGUGUCCGAAUUCACCAACUUUAUAGGAACAAUUUCAAGGAAUCCGAGUUUCAUCAACUUGAUGUACACUAGUUGGCAUGCGGUGCCAGAAGAUACUAAAAAGCGCAUGUGGGAAUAUAUAAAUUCCAAAUUCAUAAUUCCAAUAGAAGGAAAAGCGUGGGUGAUGACUGGCUUUCGUGAUGCUUGGAAGCAAUACAAGCAAAAAAUUAAAGAGAGAUUGUUUGAUAAAAAUAGUACCAUUGAGGACAUGCUAGCAAAAUGUCCCAGUGACAUUGCAGAAGAUGAAUUUCGUCAAUUGAUCGAGUAUUGGAAAGACCCAACUGUUCAAGCCAUGUGUGAGAUGAAUUCUCAAAACAGGAAAAAGCAAAAAUGGAGGCAUCGAAUGGGACCUAUUAGUUUUGCAAGACGUGCAACCAAAGAAAACAAUGAGGAACCAUCAAAGUUUGAAAUGUUUUUUGCAACUCGUACAAAAACGGGAAAGGAACUUCAGGGCGAUACUCAAAUUGCAAUAGCUGAACUUCAGAAUCGCCAAAAUUCCGGGGAAACUGCAGAUGAUGUUUUUACGGCAGUGUUUGGUAAGGAGCAGCCUGGUCGACUUAGGUGUUAUGGUAGAUCAGUGACAGCAAGUUCAUUGAAGAAAGAUGAGGAAGAUAGCAAGCUAAAACAAAAACAUGCUAAUGAAAUCACUUCUCUAAAAGAAGAAAUGAAUGAAAUGAGAGAGGAAAUAAGAGAAGAAAUGAGAGAAGAAAUGCGAAAUUUUUUUAGUCAAUUGCUUCAAAACAACCCUGGAUUGAAUGUUCGAGGAAUGCAAGGGGGUGUUGUAUCUAACAUUGCUUCACCUAUUGAUGCGGGUAGUACACAAGCUGUAAAAGGCCAAAAUCCUCUACAAUAUUCUGGGUCAACUCAUGAUCCGAUUCUUUAA